GACCUUAUGAAAAAGUGGAUUUUUAUGCAGGAAAAUUUAAAAGAUUGUUAAAGAAAGUCAAUUCUUCAAGUGCUUUAUCAGAUAAAUAUACUGUAAGACUUUUUCUUAAUAGAUUAAGGAAGAAUAUCGUUCCUCUUGUAGCAUUUAAUCAUCCCAAAAAUAUAGAAGAAGCUAUUGAUGCAGCUAAACAAGUUAAAAGUGAUCAACAAGAUGAUGAACUAGAACAAGUUUUGGAUGAUUAUGAGGAAAAGGAACUUAGCGAAAUUGAAGCGUAUAUGGCAAACAGUCAAGAAGAAUAUGAGUUGGAAACUGACCUUCUACCUCUUGACUACAACCCCUGGAAUGAAGAAAAUCAU